AUGUCGUAUAAUGGAAUUUUCUGUGCAGCGAGAUCUUCAUCUCCACCUGCAUCUGUGGAACCCUCUGUUGCACCUCACCCAAAGUCAUAUAUGGAGGAGAUCAAUGAUCGUCCACCCAAUCCUAAUCAGCCAGUGUCCAAUCCUCGCAUGACACCCAGACCUAAGCCUUGGGAGGUCAGUCUGGGGCAGAACACCUCAAGCCAUAUGCUUCAGUCUCAAGAGAGCAGUGAUGGAUUGGAUUCCAAUAUUCAAGACAAUGGACUCAGCAAUCAGUUGAAUGGAGACAGUUCAGUUCCUUGGUUGCAACGAAAAAAUGUUAGAAUCACAGAAAUUGAAACUGAAGGCGGGUUUUCCGGUUUGUUAACCAAUUCGCGACCAACUCAGCGCUCAUGGGUUCCUCCUCAGCCACCUCCUGUUGCAAUGCCAGAAGCAGCUGCAGCCAUUCGACAGCCUAAAAAACCAUCAGUUCAAAAAGAGCAAUUGACGGAUGAUCAUGUAGGGGCUCAUUCUUUAGAUAUAACUGAUGACUUGCACAGAAUCACAAAAAUAUCCGAGUCAGGAGGUGUAGAAGAGGCUAAUGGUGGGAGUUCUGAGCUGAAUAGAACUGAGAUACAAGAAGACAACUCUUACUUUGAGACCUAA